AUGGAUGUCACAGCUCCGUACAUCAGACUGUAUGCAGUUUCUCUUCGUAUGGUUCCAAACAGACUGCAGUUCUUUGAAUAUGAAUCAGUGAUAUUUUACUGUGAGGAUGCUGUUUAUUGGGAAGUUGUACAUAAUUCCAAAGGGAAAAUAAACUCAUGCAGUCACACCAACCAGGGAAAAGCAGGAUCAUUGUGCAUAAUAAAAAGCGUGUAUCCAGAUGACAGUGGAGAGCGCUGGUGUGAGACUAAAGGAGCAAACAGAAGCGACAGCAUCAACAUCACUGUUACUGCUGGAUCUGUGAUCCUGGAGAGUCCUGCUGUUCCUGUGAUGGAGGGUGAAGCUGUGACUCUUCGCUGCAGAAACAAAACUGCUUCCUCCAACUUCACCUCUAAUUUUUAUAAAGAUGGAGCUCAUGUUCACAGCAGCGCCACAGAAGACAUGAUAAUCCACAGAGUUUCAAAGUCAGAUGAGGGACUUUACAAGUGCAACUUCUCAGGAGGUGGACAGUCACCGGAGAGCUGGCUCAGUGUCACAGAGACUGAGACAGACCACUCCUCAGAGCCCAGCUGUCAUAUUUACCUCAUCUUACGAAAUGUCUUCACUCUGAUGAUGGUGGCUCUGCUGCUGCUUUUUGUGGGACUUCUUCACUUUGGGAAACUCGGAGCUACAGCUAACUAAUGGUUGCCCAACUAUAAAUGUCACUGUGACACAAAAGAAAAUGAUUCAGGCACUGAUGAAAAAUAGAAAAAUCAAAGCUAGAGUUAAUAUCACAUCAUGAUUCAUCUGGAUACUCAAUGAAGUAUUUUGCAUGCUGUAUUUUUAAACUUUUAGCAGCGGGUGUAUGAUGUGCUGUGACAUCUUUAAGAAGUUAAAACAAUAAAAAACAAAAUAAAAGUCAUAUAUGUAGAAACAUUUUUACGACAACCACCAUAAUUCUGACAAACAUCUGCAAAGUUAAAGUAUUGCUACUUGUCUAGUAAGAUACUUUCAUUUGUGUUUGUUUUUGUGGACAGAAGU